AUGGGCGCAGGUGCCUUCCUCGAACCUCUCGCAGUCGUUGUCUUGCUGUUUGGUGGUGCCUGGAUCAACCGAGCCACGGAUUACUCCUGGUCGGGCAGAUAUGGCUGGGACGAACCGCUGCCGGUCGCACGACCGAUUGAGAAGGCCGAGGAUAUAUCAGUUGAAGAGGCCCAAAGCACACAUGCACGAAGGUCACUAUCUCCAUCACUCUUGGUGGCUGAGGACGAGAAAUGGAGGGAGCGCGAAGUUCGUUUCCUGGGCUAUUGCAAGGUAGUGCGGACGCCCAAUACUGCUGUCUUCCGCGGUCGACUGCUCAGCAGGGUGCUACAUAAGUUUCCCUUCUUGGUGGAAGCAUGGUAUUGGGCACUCAUUUACUGGGUCUACCAACUUGGCCGAGCAUUCACUGCCGUAACCCUGGUGGAAGGCACAGUCCACGUCGCCCGUCGACAUGCUCUUCAGGUCAUUGAACUUGAGAAACGUCUCCAUAUUUUCUGGGAAAUCCCAAUCCAGAAAUUCUUCAUGGCCUACCCGCGCCUCAUGAUGUCUAUCAACUGGCUCUACUCCUUCAUACAUAUCCCGGGCACAAUCGCAUUCUUAGUUUGGCUAUACUAUUACACGAUUACAAGCGAUCGCCAUCUACAGAAAAACAGCGGGCGUCUGCAAGGUGUCGGACGAGGGCGCCCGGGCUCUCCUGGAGGGGCUUGUCUCUACGAAGCGCGUAGGAGGACCAUGGCAGUGUGCAACCUUCUGGCAUUCGUGGUAUUCACGCUCUGGCCCUGCAUGCCCCCGCGGCUGCUGAGCGACCCCGAGUAUACAGGCCCUCAGUCCCCAGUGGCCAGGAGCUAUGGCUUCGUGGACACGGUGCACGGCAAGGAGGGAGCUAGUAGUGUGUGGACACAAAACAGGUUCUGCAACCAAUAUGCUGCUAUGCCAUCGCUCCACUUCGGCUACUCUCUUAUGAUCGGCGUCACCAUCAUGACCGUUCCUCUGGCACCCGAACACCGCCGCACGAAAUCCUUCCUCCUCCCUUUUUUCAACAGGUCGCAUCCCGAACUGGCACCAGCCAUCCGUCUCCCAAACCCUCGUCGUCUAGCCUGCCUCGUUAUCGGAUUCAUGUAUCCAUUUACGAUCCUUGUGGCUAUCGUUGCGACGGCCAACCAUUUCAUCCUCGAUGCUGUGGCCGGAGCCGCGGUCUGCAUCAUUGGGUGGAGAAUUAACCCUAUCUUGUUGAACUUACUUCCUCUCGAAGAUUGGUUUCUUUGGGCGCUACGGAUACACAAGCCUGUACAGACGCCUGUGGAGAAUGAAACGGCGUUUAUGGCUGGUACAAAGGGAGGGAAAAUAGAGCGGCGGAGUUCCGAGCGACCCCCAACUGCCAUCAAAUGA